AUGUUUAUCUCCCUGACUCCUCUCGCUCCUUUCGCUCCUCACUCGAACAGAUUUUUGCGUGAUCUCAACGCCCCGUACGACCCAAGCACUCCUGUUAGUGUGGCAUUCCAUCUUGUCAGCCAGCAGCGAGGUUGGAAGCCUGGAUCUAAACGCUGGCGAAAGAGUUGGAAUGCUUGCAUGAACAGCGAGUAUGAUCGCUUGAUUGGGUGCCGUGUGACUAGUCUGGCGACCUGGCAAGAAUUGUGUGCCAAGGUUGGAAUUGAAGGAUCCUUCACCUCCAUCAAUCAGUGCAAGAAGGCGCUGGCUCGUGUCCAUGUCAACAUUGUUGACCUUUUGGAUUCUUGGAACACCGAUUCCACUCCGAUUUGCUUCGAAAGCCAGAAAGCUCUUGCUACUUACACAAAGGCAAGUAACAAGUACUUUAGUCGACAGCUUGCCAAGCAGGACAAAGUCCUUAAGGUUCUAUUGCGCCAUCUUCUCUGGAAUGCCUCUCUCUAA